GCUGCCACUUCCGUCUCUGACUGGAGCCCGAGGACGAGGGAGGGUCACCGGCUGUAGGCACUGCCAUGGCCCGGGUGCUUAGCAAGGACGCGGCGGACAUCGAGAGCAUUCUGGCCUUAAAUCCUCGAAUCCAAACUCAUGCUACCCUGCAUUCGACUUCAGCCAAGAAGUUAGACAAGAAACAUUGGAAGAGAAACCCUGAUAAGAACUGCUUUAAUUGUGAAAAGCUGGAGAAUAAUUUUGAUGACAUCAAGCACACGACUCUUGGUGAGCGAGGAGCUCUCCGAGAAGCAAUGAGAUGCCUGAAAUGUGCAGAUGCCCCUUGUCAGAAGAGCUGUCCAACUAAUCUAGACAUUAAAUCAUUCAUCACAAGUAUUGCAAACAAGAACUAUUAUGGAGCUGCUAAGAUGAUUUUUUCUGACAACCCACUGGGUCUGACUUGUGGAAUGGUGUGUCCAACCUCUGAUCUUUGUGUAGGUGGAUGCAAUUUAUACGCCACUGAAGAGGGACCAAUUAAUAUUGGUGGUUUGCAGCAGUUUGCUACUGAGGUUUUCAAAGCAAUGAAUAUCCCACAGAUCAGAAAUCCUUCUCUGCCUCCACCUGAAAAAAUGCCUGAAGCCUAUUCUGCAAAGAUCGCUCUUUUGGGUGCUGGUCCUGCAAGUAUAAGUUGUGCUUCUUUUUUGGCUCGAUUAGGAUACUCUGACAUCACUAUAUUUGAAAAACAAGAAUAUGUCGGUGGUUUAAGUGCCUCUGAAAUCCCUCAGUUCCGGCUGCCAUACGAGGUAGUGAAUUUUGAGAUUGAGCUAAUGAAGGACCUCGGUGUAAAGAUAGUUUGUGGUAAAAGCCUUUCUGUAAAUGAAAUGACUCUUCGCACUUUGAAAGAAGAUGGCUACAAAGCUGUUUUCAUUGGAAUAGGUUUACCAGAACCGAAUAAGGACCACAUCUUUGAAGGCCUGACCCAGGACCAGGGAUUUUAUACAUCCAAAGACUUCUUACCACUUGUAGCCAAAGCAAGUAAAGCAGGAAUGUGCGCCUGUCACUCUCCAUUGCCAUCGAUACGGGGAACCGUGAUUGUCCUCGGAGCUGGAGAUACUGCCUUUGACUGUGCUACAUCUGCCUUACGUUGUGGAGCCCGCCGUGUGUUCGUUGUCUUCAGAAAAGGCUUUGUUAAUAUAAGAGCUGUCCCUGAGGAGAUGGAGCUUGCUAAAGAAGAAAAGUGUGAAUUUUUCCCUUUUCUUUCCCCACGGAAAGUUAUAGUAAAAGGUGGGAGAAUUGUUGCUGUGCAAUUUGUUCGGACAGAGCAAGAUGAAACUGGAAAAUGGAGUGAAGAUGAAGACCAGAUAGUCCAUCUGAAAGCCGACGUGGUCAUCAGUGCCUUUGGUUCGGUCCUGAGCGAUCCUCAAGUGAAAGAAGCCUUGAGUCCUAUAAAAUUUAACAGAUGGGAUCUCCCAGAAGUAGAUCCAGAAACUAUGCAAACCAGUGAACCAUGGGUGUUUGCAGGUGGUGAUAUUGUUGGUGUGGCUAAUACCACAGUGGAAUCAGUGAAUGAUGGAAAGCAAGCUUCCUGGUACAUUCACAGAUACAUACAGUCACAAUUUGGAGCUUCAGUUUCUGCCAAACCUGAACUACCCCUCUUUUAUACUCCGAUUGAUCUGGUGGACAUUAGUGUGGAAAUGGCUGGAUUGAAGUUUAUAAAUCCUUUUGGUCUUGCUAGUGCAACUCCUGCUACUAGCACAUCAAUGAUUCGAAGAGCUUUUGAAGCUGGAUGGGGUUUUGCCUUGACCAAAACUUUCUCUCUUGAUAAGGACAUCGUGACAAAUGUUUCACCCAGAAUCAUUCGGGGGACCACCUCUGGUCCCAUGUAUGGCCCUGGACAAAGCUCCUUCCUGAAUAUUGAGCUCAUCAGUGAAAAAACGGCUGCGUAUUGGUGUCAAAGUGUCACUGAACUAAAGGCUGACUUUCCACACAAUAUUGUGAUUGCCAGCAUCAUGUGCAGUUACAACAAAAGUGACUGGAUGGAACUCUCCAGAAAGGCUGAGGCUUCUGGAGCAGAUGCCCUGGAGUUAAAUUUGUCAUGUCCCCAUGGCAUGGGAGAAAGAGGGAUGGGCCUGGCCUGUGGGCAGGAUCCAGAGCUGGUGCGGAACAUCUGUCGCUGGGUGAGGCAAGCUGUUCAGGUUCCUUUUUUUGCCAAGUUGACCCCAAAUGUCACUGAUAUUAUAAGCAUCGCAAGAGCUGCAAAGGAAGGUGGUGCAGAUGGUGUCACAGCCACGAACACUGUCUCGGGCCUGAUGGGAUUGAAAGCUGAUGGCACACCCUGGCCAGCAGUGGGUAUUGGAAAGCGGACCACAUAUGGAGGAGUAUCAGGCACAGCAAUCAGACCUAUUGCUUUGAGAGCGGUGACCGCCAUUGCUCGUGCUUUGCCUGGAUUCCCUAUUUUGGCUACUGGUGGAAUUGACUCAGCUGAAAGUGGUCUUCAGUUUCUCCACAGUGGUGCUUCAGUACUCCAGGUUUGCAGUGCUGUUCAGAAUCAAGAUUUCACUGUGAUCGAAGACUACUGUACUGGCCUCAAAGCCCUGCUUUAUCUGAAAAGCAUUGAAGAACUACAAGACUGGGAUGGACAGAGUCCAGCUACCGUGAGUCACCAGAAAGGGAAACCAGUUCUGCGCAUUGCUGAACUCAUGGGCAAGAAACUGCCAAGUUUUGGACCUUAUCUUGAACAGCGCAAGAAAAUCAUAGCUGAGAACAAGAUUAGGCUAAAAGAACAAAAAGCAGAUUUUUCACCACUCAAGAAAAAUUAUUUUAUCCCCAAAAAGCCUGUUCCUACCAUCAAGGAUGUAAUUGGAAAAGCACUGCAGUACCUUGGAACAUAUGGUGAAUUGAGCAACAUAGAGCAAGUUGUGGCUAUGAUCGAUGAAGAAAUGUGUAUCAACUGUGGGAAAUGCUACAUGACCUGUAAUGACUCUGGCUACCAGGCUAUACAGUUUGAUCCAGAAACUCACCUGCCCACCGUCACUGACACUUGCACGGGCUGUACGCUGUGUCUCAGUGUCUGUCCUAUUAUCGACUGCAUCAAAAUGGUUUCCAGGACAACAGCUUAUGAGCCACAGAGAGGCUUACCCUUAGCUUUGAAUUCGGCGUGUUAAAGUGAUUUGUGAAACAGUUGCCGUGAACUUUGUUGUCACCUACAUAUGCUCAUCUUUUAAAAUUUUGAUCGUUGUGUUCAGCUCUUUCCAAAUUGAAAAAAAAAUGAUUUCUAACUAAAUUUUUAAAUGAAAAAAAAUCUCAUGCUAGUGACCAUUCAAUUAAUGGUCAUAGAAUAGAAUCAUUCUUUUCUGAGGGUAGCUGUUAAAUAACUGGGUAGCAGAUAAUUGGAUGUUCACCAUCAGUCAUCUAUUGUGAAAAAUUAACUUUCCAUGGCAAUUAGUGUGACGAUUUCCAAAUUGCCCUUUGCUAUGCUCCAUCUUUGAUUUCUAACUGUAAGUGAAAUUAAGUAUUUUAGAACAAAGUAUACUUUAACAUGCAAGAAAAUGUUUACAAGGAAACAUUUUAUAAUUAAAAGUUGCCCUUUAUUUCAAUGUUGUUUCUUAGAGAGUAUAAUUAACUCCAUAAAGUUCAACUGAAGAAAGUCAAAUAAUUACUCUGGCAGGAAAAGAAAGCCAAAAAGACAGUUUGUAAGGUUUUAUUGAGUUUGCUUUGCUGAAGUAGUUUCUUUUUGUGCUGGACACAGAAAGCAAUAAUAUUUACCAAUUAUAUACUGUCCACCAUAUAAGCCUAAGAUAGUUGUCCAGACUCCUUACCCAUGGACCAAAACAAUGUUCUGCUUUAAAUAUUUCAACGAUGUUACCAACAAAAUAAGAUGUUAGAAUGGAGCUCUGGUUAAAACAAUUCUUUUGCUGUGUACUCUGCUUUUAAUAGUAACCUUCGAGAUUAUAGCAGUUGAUGUUGGAACAAAAGCCCAAAUUAUACAGCACUGAAUCAUAUAAUUCAUUAUUCAAGAAUGAAAAAUAUAGUAUUGGUAAUAUCUAUUAAUUAUGCAAAAACAAUUUAUUCUAUUUUAUAGUUUAUGUUUGAUUUUAAAUGUAAUAGAAUAAAAAGAAAUAUAUAUUUGAUUUUAUAAUUAAAUAAUAUUUUUCUAUUUCACUUUUUCGUAAUUGGUAAAUAACAUUUUAAUAUGAGUCUAUGAAGGGUUUUCAAAAAUUCAUAGGGAUGUCUAUUAUGGAAAAAUAUACAUGGAUUUCAAAAAUUUUUUGCAACAAAAUAAAUUUUUCCCUUUAAUUCUAUUUUCCAUAAACUUUUUGCUUUAUUCUCAUAUAAGUAAAUCAGAAUGUAACAACCUGUCACAUAUUUCUAUGACAAAUGCAAGAACAAGAAAAAUAAAACUUUAAUUAUGCACUUUUGGAAAUGAAUAUUUACCACAAAAUGUGUAUGAUUAGAUAGUCUCAAAUAAAAUUGCAAGAAUUAUCUUAA